AUGGAGGCGGCCGGGCCGCGGAGCAGGGACGCGCGGGGGCGAGCGGCGAGUCAGCCUGGCAGACGAGCAGAGAAGAGCCCGCCGGACAGCAGGAAAGUGUAUAUGGACUAUAAUGCAACCACCCCCCUGGAGCCAGAAGUCAUCCAGGCCAUGACUGAAGCCAUGCAGGAAGCCUGGGGAAAUCCCAGCAGCCCUUACCUGGCAGGCAGGAAGGCCAAGGAGAUUAUCAAUGCAGCUCGGGAAAACCUUGCCAAGAUGAUAGGUGGGAGGCCUCAAGAUAUGAUCUUCACUUCCGGGGGCACAGAGUCAAAUAAUUUGGUAAUCCAUUCUGUGGUGAAACAUUUCCACAAAAUCCGUGCCGCAGUGGGGGACACGGCUGAGCGACCCAGCCCAGUGGAGGGGGCCCUGCCUCACAUCAUCACCUGCACCGUGGAACACGACUCCAUCCGCCUGCCCCUGGAGCACCUGAUGGAAGAACGAGUGGCCGAGGUCACCUUUGUCCCCGUGUCCAAGGUGAAUGGGCAGGUGGAGGCUGAGGACAUCCUGGCGGCCGUCCGCCCGGCCACGUGCCUCGUGACCAUCAUGCUGGCCAACAAUGAGACAGGCGUCAUCAUGCCGGUGCCUGAGAUCAGCCGGCAAGUCCGAGCCCUGAACCAGCAGCGGGCGGCGGGCGGGCUGCCGGGGGUGCUCGUGCACACGGACGCCGCCCAGGCCUUGGGGAAGCGGCGUGUGGACGUGCGGGACCUGGGUGUGGACUUCCUGACCGUCGUGGGCCACAAGUUCUAUGGCCCCAGGAUUGGAGCACUUUAUGUCCGAGGGCUCGGUGAACUCACCCCUCUGUAUCCUAUGCUGUUUGGAGGUGGACAAGAAUGGAAUUUCAGGCCAGGGACAGAGAACACCCCGAUGAUUGCCGGCCUUGGGAAGGCGGCUGAGCUGGUGACAGAGAAGUGCGAGGCCUACGAGGCCCACAUGCGGGCUGUGCGCGACUACCUGGAGGAGAGGCUGGCGGCUGAGUUUGGUGAGAGAAUCCAUCUGAACAGCCAGUUUCCAGGCACUGAGCGACUCCCCAACACCUGUAACUUCUCCAUCCAGGGACCCCAGCUGCAAGGCCGCUUGGUGCUGGCCCAGUGCAGGACGCUGCUGGCCAGCCUGGGGGCUGCAUGCCACUCGGACCAUGGAGACCGGCCAUCCCCGGUGCUGCUGAGCUGCGGCGUCCCCUUGGAUCUGGCCAGGAACGCCAUCCGGCUCAGCGUGGGCCGCGGCACCACCCGGGCCGAAGUGGACCUCGUCGUGCAGGACCUGAAGCAGGCGGUGGCCCGGCUGGAGGGCCAGGCCUAG